AUGGAUCGGAAUGAAGCAACAACUUCAUUAGAACGAGAAGGCCAAAGGAUGCCUGAAGUAUUAGAAGUAUCGCAAGAUGCACGAGGAGCAGUAGAAGUAACACAGUUAUUUAGAACAUCAAGAAUAAUUAAAAUUGCAGAAGCAUCGAGUCCGGUAUCAACAUCGAUAUCAUCAACAUCAAAAUUAUUAGAAGCACUUCAAUCGACUUCGGCAAAUUCAUACCAUACAGAAAAUCCAUUGAUCAUAGAUAUUUCCUCCGACUCGCAAGAAGAUGUCACACAACAUGCAAAUAUUGUCUUUCAUCCAUUUUCAUCGAAUAUAUUCGGUGAGAUUAGCCAGAAGCAUCUUCGUUUGCUUAAUAUUAUCGAUGAUGGAAGUUAUGGUCGAGUUUAUCGCGCAGUUUACGGUGAUAAGUAUUGCGCAGUAAAGCAUUUCGUCAAAAGUCGAUCAGAAAAAGGAUUCGAUGCGAAAUUGAAGGAUCUUCAAAAGGAACUAUUAAUUUUGAAAAAACUUUCGCAUCCGAAUAUCAUAAAGGUCCAUGGAUUUUCCAGCCGUCACCAUCUCAUAAUUAUGGAGCUAAUGGAAUGUGGUAAUCUCGAAGAAGCGAUUCACGGAAAAAUUAUAGAAUAUGGUGAAUAUGAUAUUAUAAGAUGGUCGUUUCAUUGUAUUUCUGCCCUAUUUUAUUUGCAUGAGCAACAUAUAGUUCAUGCCGAUUUAAAACCUAAGAACUUGUUAUUGUCACAAAAUUAUGAAAUACUAAAAAUAUGCGAUUUUGGAUCCGCAGGUAAAAUGCAUCAACAACGACAGAGUACUCUCGGAACAGUUCCUUAUAUUGCUCCGGAGGUAUUGGAAGCAACAUAUUCACUUAGGCCUUCUUGUGAUAUCUUUAGCUUCGGAAUGAUAUUAUUUGAAAUGAUUGCUCAGGAGAAACCUUUUGCUAAAAUGGAAAAUGCUAAUGAAAUUUUAUGGAGGAUAGCAGGUGGUGAACGUCCUUCAACAAAAAUUCUGGAAAAAAAAGCUUCGCAUCACAUUUUAGAUUUGUUAAACAAAUGUUGGAUUCAUAGAGCAAAGCAUCGUGUCAAGACGUCAGACGCUUAUAAAGCCAUAAAAAAUCAUUUUUUGGAUAAUACUGAAAGUAAUACUCAAAUACGAUUAUUGCAACAACCCAAAAGUCUUUCGAAAAGUAUUGUUGAUAAUGAUAAUGAUUUGAGUGCCAAAAAAUUAGCAGCAGAUCUUUGA